UACUCUUUGAGAGGACCCAUAUUAAAAAGAUUACAAACUAACUCAUGUCAUACUCCCCUCCAUAACUUUAAUGCCUUAUACAUACAAAAUAAAAGGGACAUUUUCUUGAACCAUAUAUGUCCUUUGUAUAAGUCUUGAAAUUCUUGUUAAUUUUCCAACUUAUCAUGUAUCAUUCAACACUUCAGAAAAUGCCAUCUUCACAAAAUGCAGCUAACAAUUUCCAACCAAGUAUUGCUGUUGUUAUUGGUGUUCUCUCCAUCAUGUUUUGCUUAACAUUUCUCCUCCUCCUCUACUCCAAAUUCUGUCGUAGAUCGCCUCCUCCUGUCCACGCUACGCGAAUUCAAGAUGGUCUAAUUCUACCAGUAACAAGAAGUUCCUCAGGUAUCGAUAAAACUAUAAUCGAAUCACUUCCUUUCUUUCGAUUCUCAUUGCUCAAAGGUUCGAAAGAUGGUCUUGAAUGUGUUGUUUGUUUAUCAAGAUUCGAAAAUGUAGAAAUUCUUCGAUUGUUACCAAAAUGCAAACAUGCUUUUCACAUUAACUGUAUUGAUCAAUGGCUUGAAAAACAUUCAAGUUGUCCACUUUGUAGACAUAAAGUAAGUGCUGAAGACCAUACAUUGUUGACAUAUUCAAAUAGUUUUAGAUUUUUAAGGAAUCAAUCUGAGCUAAGAGAAGAUUCCAACUUGGAACUUUAUGUACAAAGAGAGGAAAAUGGUAAGAAUAGAUCAUCAAGAUUCAGUAUUGGGAGUGUUAGUUUCAAGAAAUCUGAAAAGGGUGUUAAAGAAGAAGAAUUGCCAAUUCAAGAAAACAAUAUAUUUGAUACAGAGGAACAAGACAGUGUGUUACUACAUAAGUUCAAUCAUAGGAUUAUUGUGUCUGAUGUUGUCCUAAAACAUCGAUGGAGCGACGUUAGUUCUUCGGAUUUGAUGUUUUUGAAUACUGAAAUGAUAAAUGAUAUGACAAGCAAUAGAUUUUCAUCUUCAGAAUCAAGAACCAAUUUAGAAAGUACAUCAAAAGUGUUAAGACAAAAUGAGAAAAGAGCCAUGUCAGAAAUUUUGAUAUGUCCAAGAUUUGAAGAGUUCAAUACUAGGAAUUGUAAUAGAGAGAAUUGUGGUAUAUCAAAUAAUGUGAAGGAAGAAAGAAGGAACAGGAUUUGGCUUCCAAUUGCAAGAAGAACAGUUCAAUGGUUUGCUAAUAGGGAAAGAAUAAGGUAUGUAGCUUGGGGAUCGGAUACCGGCAAAAUUCCCGCCAAUGGCUGAGAUGUUCGGUCGACUCCCUUUCCCUUUGUGGGGGUCCUGACCCCUAUGAGUGAGCAGAAAAGGGAAGAGGAACGAGGCCCUGGUGAACCAUCAUAAUUAUUGAACAAGUGUAAGUUUCGGCGUCCCAGAGUAUGAAGUACUGACCACACCGAGGGAUAAGCCCUAAAGCAAAGCACGAGAACAAGCAGAAUUAAUGUGUUCCAAUUUCUGGCCUUGCACUGACCAUGAAAACACAAGACAAUCAUUGGAUGUAUAGUCUUUUUCAUUGGUAUUCUCUUAAUUGGUUAAGAUUUUACUUUCAAUGGUUAAAUGGAAAAUUCGAGUUUAAUUUAGAUAAGUGAGAAUGCAAUUGAUCCUCUCGGGUUGGAUGAGUUAAAAAUUCCUCCAUAUGUAUGAUAAUUUGAGUAAAAAAGAAGUAAACACUUGGAAUA